AGACAAACUAUCAGAUAUCUCACGAACAUCACACGUUUUUCACCACAGUGAAAUUCAACAGAAGACCUGAGAUUGAGGCAGAAUCUCUGAAUGAAUGUGAAAUAAACAGGAACUAUUAGUUUUCCGAAGAACAUUGCACAGCUUUUGUGAUGAAUCACAGGGCAGUUCAGCAGAAGACUUGACAGUUGAUGUUUGCGAAGAUUGAAAAUGGCAAACUUCACAUCCACAUCCAGAACGAGUGGUGAUGCUGAAUACAUCUGUGAUACUAAUGUUCCCACCAUCACUGGUCCCCUUUUCAUCUUGAUCUUCAUCUUCAGUAUCACAUGCAACAGUCUCCUCUUAUGUGUUCUUUUCAUCUACGAGAAUCUGAAAAAUGUGACAAAUAUUUUCAUCCUGAACCUGGCCUGCUCUGAUUUGAUCUUCACCAUCACACUUCCAUUCUGGGCUGUUGAUCACCUACACCACUGGGUCUUUGGGGAAUUUGUCUGCAAAGUUAUCACUGCUGGAUUCGAUGUUGGUUUGUACAGCAGUGUCAUUCUGCUGACUGCUAUGACAGUGGAUCGUUUUACUACUGUUGUACUGCACAACUGGCCGAUCAGCCAUGCCAGAAUGAAGAGGUGUGCAAUCGGUGCCUGUAUAGCUGCCUGGGUCAUCAGCAUCUCAGCGUCAAUGAGUGAUGCAAUGAAAGUAAAGGUUGAAAGCUGGGAUGGUUUUAACUAUUGCGGGGAUGAAUCUGAAGACAAGCUUGGACGUUAUCUCCAAGUGUCACUGCUAUUCUUCCUCCCAUUUGCCAUCAUUAUUUUCUGCUAUUCUGCCAUCCUCAUGAAAGUUUUGCAAGGUUUAAACAGAAAGAAGUUCAGGACUGUGGCUGUGCUGUUGUGUAUUGUUGCAGUCUUUUUCAUUUGCUGGGGGCCAUACCAUAUUAUGCUUUUAAUCAAGUCUCUCAAUACAAACAAAGAUUGUAAUGUACUGAAACGGUUAGAAGUUGCCUACCAUAUUUGUGAAAUGCUUGCCUAUUCUCACUGCUGUAUGAACCCUCUGCUGUAUAUGCUCUCACAGAAGUUGCGAAAUCAUCUGUUGAAUCUUUUGCGCUGUGAAAAAGUGAACAGGAAGAAGAGAGAAAGAAGCAGCAGCCUCAACACUUCACAACAUUUCACAUUGCAGAGCUCUGCUGUUUAGAUGGAACUGCACAACUAAUCAGUUGACAGUCACUAAUGAAGUUAAACAUUGACUUGGGCUGACAGAGUCUAAAAGUACUUUGAAGUGUAAGUGUAUUAACACAGUCCCUGAGGCAAACGGAGAGCAGUAAUUAGAUUAACUUGGACUGUAAAAGUAACAAUAUCUGGUGUAUUUUUACUUAUACCUUUAUUUUAAAGUAGAUAUGACAAAUUACUUUUUUAAUUCACAAAAAGUGUAAAGGUUGGGAUAAACAUGCUUUAAAAUUAUUGAAAUGCUGACACUGAUGUAACAGAAAUAUCAGUCAACCUUAACUAGAUAACCAGAACCUUAAAUACAAUGUGAAAAGUCAAAUGAAUUGUACUUAAUAGACAAUUCAAUAUGUGUCCAGUUACUUAAACUUUAGGGAAAAACAGUAUUAGACUGCUACAUGACUCCUUCUGUAUGUUCUUUUCAAAAUGGUGGAAACUGAAACUUCCAGAUUUUAUGGCUACAAAGGAGGUUAAGUGAUACGUUUUUGUAGAUAGCAUGAUUCUGUUGCUUAAACUCAAGUUGUUUCUUCAAUUUCCAAGUCCUAACUUUGAUUUAGUAGGAUUUCAGAAAUGCACAAUAGUUUUACCCCUUCCAAAAGAAGUGUGAGUACCUCGCAUGUUCAACCAAUGUCCAUACUUCAGGAAGUAGAGGGCAGGAUGAGGCAGACAUUAUUUUACUCAGGACAGCUAUAAGGGGCAGUAGGUGGAGGAAGGCCAGACAUCAGAGCAGGAAUUUGAAAGCUCAGAGGAGGACAAAUCAGCUUUUGAGGGGACCUAGUUCUAAUAAGAACAACUGUUUAAUGCAGGGCUCUGAAGUUUAGACAUUACAAUAUGUAGAAGGGGAAAUAAGAAUGUAUUCAAUUUAA